UAGGAAAACUUGGAGUUUCGAACCCGCGCCGAAGAAGAGGAACCAAAGAAAGAAUAUGAGAUUGCUCUCUCACACAUUUCGUUGUGUAAAACCCCCAAUUUCAAAUCCACCACUAUCCAAAUCUUCUUCUUCCUCAUCUAAGGAUCCAACACUGAUCGUUAAAUCAGAGCCGAAGCCUAAGCUUAAGCAAUGGUGUGUUUAUCUCAUCAUCUCCUCCAAUUCUCCCAUCAAAACCUAUGUAGGGGUCACCCUUGACUUCGAUCGACGUUUGAAACAACAUAAUGGUGAAAUAAAAGGUGGUGCAAAAGCAACUCGAGCGGGACGACCCUGGAUUUGUGCGUGCACAAUUCAUGGUUUUAAAGACCAAAGUCAAGCUUGUGAGUUUGAAUCAAAAUGGAAAAAAGUUUCAAGGAAAAUAUCCUAUGAGAAGAAGGAGGAGGAUGUGGGAAAGCUAUUAGAUGAUCAAACAUUAAGAUUGCUGAAGCACAGGGAAAGAGCUUUAGGAAAAGUGAAGUGUCUGUUUGAUUGCAGUCAAUUUGAGUUUGAUUGGAAAUUGGAUCCUUUCUGAUUCUUUACAUGGGUUGUGGUUUUUCUUUUUCUUUUACAAAUAUUUAUAUAUUUAUUUUCAAUUCUAUGAAUUGAAAUAAUGAUUGUUUAUAAGAUAAAUAUCUCAUCUUUAAAAUUGUGUUAAAUGUAACAUUUAUGAUUUCGUACUUUUUAAUGGAAGACAUGUCUAUAAUUUAUAUACAUUUAAGCCAAAAAUAAAGUAA